AUGUCUAUACCAACGUUCGUGGACCUGCAAGGUUUUAUCGUUGGAAGAAAGUUUAUCGUUAAGGAGUUUGCUGCUCUCAGAGAUGGAUUCAUUCUCUCGCAUUACAUUUUUCGAAAUCCCGUGCCGUGGCAUCGACUCAAUAAUGCAGACAAACGCCAAGCAUUGUGGUUGCUUACGCAUCAUCACGGAUUACGAUGGAACAGCGGAACGAUUCCAUACAGCAGAGCUAAGAAAUUGAUUACAACGACGCUGACUAGGAACGAAACACCGCCCGUUGUAUACGUCAAGGGACACGAGAAACGAGAAUGGCUGUGGAAUUUGCUUCUGGAUGACACGAAAGAAGACAUAUACGUUGAAAAUAUCGAGGCGCAUUAUGAAGAUAUAAGAUCUUUAAACGAGAUGGACGUUACGCAUACUUUAUGUUGUGCACAGCAUUCAACAAAUUGUGCUUUACAAAAUUAUUGCGUCAGCCGCUCGAACAAAAUGUUCUCCGCCAAAGAAAGCAGCAGUGGUAUGAAGCGUUGCUACGAUGCUAUGUCGUGCGAGAAAAAAUGCGACGCUUUUUUAUACAGUACGUCGGAGCGUCGCGCGGUUCGCGUACUAAGCAGACGAUACGCGCUUACGAGUACGGGGUACAAAUAUCUCGAGAUUGGCAUCAACGUUGGUCCGCCGAGUUACGUGGAAAUCGCCAUAGGAGAUCAUCGGGGGAACGAACUUAUAAUGUCUCUCGAAACAUGGAAGGGACUUUACGAACAGCGACAAAACGUUCUGAAUCUCCUUCGCACCGACUAUAAGGACUUGUACAAUUUUAUUAGCGUUGGACCGCUAACAGCCAGAAUUUGCAUAAUCAGUGACGUUAACUUUAUACGUUUGGAAUCACAAAACGUACGCAUGAUAAUGACCGAGUCGACCGUGCGUCGUAUGUUCGAUUUGGACGGUUGUGUAGAUUUAAUGUUCGAUCGACUAAUUAAAAUUACUGAUAAUGUUGAUAUGCAGUUUACGCAAUUCUCUAAUAUUGCAUCCACCAUAACGAACCCCGAUCAAGUAUCUAACGCGAUACGCGCGAACAGCGUCUUUAAUAAACAUCGGCUUCUCGAUUGUGAGCUUUUGGCUUUAGUAUUUAAUAUGUAAGAGAAAAAUUAUUAUACCGCUUUAUAUGAAUAAAUCAAACAUUAAAAAAUAAAAAACUUAUGUUAUCUAUUUUUUCUUUAUUUUAU